AUGACUGGUGGCCCAAACUUGACGCGCUUGACACGGUCACGUAAACACGCUUCUGGACAGCCUGAGGCCUCCAACGCUGAAGGAAAUGGGUCAGCACGUCCUCCGAGGUCCUCAAAGACACAAUGCCUUGAAAACCCACCUUGGUCGGAGAAGGCACCACCUCGCAAGAAGAAUGCCCAUGCCAUCAAGGAAUCGAAGCCUGUGACCAAGGCCGAGCUGACCGGCAAGAAAUCCGAGUCGUCAAGACCACCCAGUUCGGCGGCCGCCAAAAGAAAGCGAGCAGAGUCAGCAACCGCAGAAACGGCUGGUGGUGCUUCUACACCGUCUACGAAGCCUAGAAGUCAGCACAAGGCUUCAAAACGACCAAAGGUUGCACGUGCUACCCACAAACACCAGCCAGCUAAGAUAGACGUCGACAAAGAGGAAGAUCAGCACGUAUCAAAGCACGUCCAACAUGGCAAACAUGCCCGGCUUGCCAAUGGUGAUGACGAACUGACCUCCGAAGCUGAUGCUGACUCAGACACUGAGGCCAAUGAGAGUGACGAGGACAUAGUUGACAACAAGAAUGAGCUGGUACCUGCUCACCAGCUUAACAACGAGGUCGUCAAUAUCGUCCCAAAAAAGAUAGCCGCCAGAGCAGUGCAACGUACUGUCUCUACUACACGUAUGUCGACUGGAGGUGUGGCCGAGGACAAGGACAAGGGUGGUGGCGGUGCAGAAGAUGACGCAGAGGAGGGUGGCAGUGAUGCGCAAACUGCUGAUGAUGGUGCGUGCACCAACCGAAAGCUGCAUGGACGUCGUCUCGAGAAGCUUGUCAGUGAGCGUCCUCAGGUCACCACCGCUCGUCGCGAUAAGGGCACAUGGUCUCGCCCGUCUGAUGCAGUCCCCCCGGGACCUAGCCCCACUCCUAGCUCACAGGAGUCAAGCAGCACCAACGACAGUGCUGAUGGCGCUGAUGCUAAUGACAUCCCACAGCAGUGGUUGCCACGGACAGAGAUCAUUCUCGAACCACCCGGCAGUAGUCAGCGUGUUGCUCUCAAGAAGCAAAAUGCGGACAUGAAGAGGGUCUUGAAGGGAAGUUAUCAGCCUGCUAAGGAGUUCAUGCUCAUUGGCACAGAACCCUUUGACCCGGAGGUUGCCAAGGAUGAGGGUCUUUCUGCUGCUGACUUUGUAUUCUCGCCGUUCACAGCGCGUGGGCUCGAGUGCAUUGGCCAUCAGGGGCUCAUAUCUUCGGCGGAUGCACUUGGUUUCAGGGGCCGGGGAGACGUCCUCCACCGGCUCCAGAAUGGCCCCCCUUCCUACGUUGAUCCUCCCAGUGAAUUCACAGCAAAACGUCUGUCGACUGUUCGGUGCAAUAUCAAGAAGGCGGCCGGUGUUGCUGCUUCUCACGUUUUUGCGCUUCCUACCAUGACAAAGGAUGAGAUUUCGCAGCUCAUCUGGUCGCAAGGUUAUAUUUUUCCGAAGUCAAACACGCAACCCGGUAAUGUAGAUAAGUUCAAGCCGUUUGAGCACGAGGUCAUCUGGAGGACGGUUCAGGGCGCGUUUUUCUCCUCUCACGUUGGCGAGAACUCCCUUGGCUUUACGUUCUCUGACAAGCUUCGGUCGUCAAAUCCUUCCAAGCCACGGCGGCUUGAAGUCACCAUCUCCAUGGUUGCACUUGCCGCAGUCGCAGUGGCUGCUGCCCUCGAGGAUGCUGUCGAAAAGCUCAAGUGCCCAGAGGCGAAGCCUGCCGAAUUCGCCGGAAACUCAUUCCACUCGCUCCACCAGCAGCAAGUCAAGCUCUUGUCGGACCUACAGGCCAAGAAACCGACUAAGUUUCAUCGUGUCAUGCACACGAUUUUUCGCCUUGCAGUAGGCGGCUCUGACACCGACGACGAUGCUUCAGAAUCUUCAAACCCCUCGGCAACUCUGGCUCCACGUGGUGGGGACAUUCUCACCAUAGACGAGUGGGAUCAGAUGGACGAUGAGUAG